UCUAAGGAUUGCCUUUAUGUUGUCUUGCUCUAUUUGAUGUACAGUCCUCUUAACUGAAGAACAUAAUGUGCAUGCUCCUAAGCAGAACAUUGCAAUUUUAACACUUUUUGGAGACUGCUGUGGCUCUAGAGCUGUGACUCUACUUUCACGUGAUUUUUUUUUUUUUUCCCUUUGUUUAACCAAAUCUUUAAUGUCUACCAAAAAAAAAGUGAAGUGUGAUUGGUGCAGAUCACCACUGUGGGUUUUCAUGGCUGGGUUCUUUUAGUCAUUUCCUGCGAGCUCGGUGCAGAGCUGCGACAAUGCAGGAAGCAGCAGCAGGCAUAGUGAGGCUCAGCGUGGCGUUGGAGAGCAGCUUGCUGUAGGUGCGGACUUGUCCUCCUUGCUGAGAUGUAGGAAUUGCUGGGAUUGAUGCUCAGGCUCUUCAUGAAGAACCUCUGUUGUCCUUUGGUCGCGGCAGCGAAGAUGAUUUGGGCAUGAAAACUCUGAGCCAGGAACUACAGCUAUGUGACUUCUGAGUGAUGAGAGAUGUAAGUUGAAAUCUGGAAUUCAAGAGCUGGAAGAUGAGUGCUUUUAAAAAGUAUUACAGUCUCUCUCCCAGGGCCUUUAGGAGGUCUUUAUCAGAACAAGAUGCUGGCACUGCUGCCUUGAAGGACUAUCAUUGGCACCACCGAAUGAGAAGCAAGAAAAUGAGCAAACAAAUGGUUUUGGACCCAGAGAAAGCGCUCGGAGCCUACAGGUGGCAAACUCAUCCUCGUCUUCCCUGGAGGAUAAGCAAAAGAGCGCGCUCUUGCAGCCUUAGAGGGGAAGGUAACGAUUCGAGUCUUGUCAAAAGUUCUGUGAGCAUGGAUGCUACCAGCACCGAAGAUCUCCAACAAGAUUCAACAGAGAUGCUUUUCCAGACAAGGACCAGAUCGCCGCGGGUUCCCUUCAACCGCUCUCUGUCUGAACCUGUGCCGCAGUCUGCAAGCAGGAAUGCCAAGCCCUUUCUGCAGGCGGUGCGCUCCGUGGAUUGUGAGCAGCAUGGCUAUUUUGUCCGUGGCAUCUUCUCAACUCUCUCAAGUGGCUUUUCAAAGAUAAUAAAUCGAAGAGGGGAGCAGUCCCCCAGUGAGCUACUGGAGUGGAAAACAGGCGAUAGUCAAAUAGACACAUGCACAGAUGUAAAAGGACCACCUACACACAGGCUGUCCUGCGGCCAGUCCCCCUACACCGAAACAACGACAUGGGAGAGGAAGUACUGCAUCCUGACUGACAGCCAGCUGGUGCUGCUCAACAGGGAGAAGGAGGUGCCCACCGAGGGGUUGCAGGAACCUCAGGAUGCCACCAAAGGCCGCUGCCUGCGCCGCACGGUGAGCGUGCCCUCCGAGGGCCAAUUCCCUGAGUACCCACCAGAUGGGGCCUCCAAGCUGGAGGUCCCAGCAGAGAGAUCUCCUCGCAGACGGAGCAUCUCCGGGACCAGCACAUCUGAGAAAACCAACUCCAUGGAUGCUGCAAAUACCUCUCCUUUCAAAGUAUCGGGCUUCUUCAGUAAACGUCUGAAAGGGUCCAUCAAGAGGACAAAGAGUCAGUCAAAGCUGGACAGGAACACAAGUUUCCGCCUCCCAUCACUCCGCAAUGCUGAUGACAGAUCACGUGGGCUGCCGAAGCUGAAGGAGUCCCGCUCCCAUGAGUCCCUGCUGAGCCCCGGCAGCGCAGUGGAGGCCCUGGACCUUGGGGCAGAAGAAAAGGUCUUUGUAAAGCCCCUGCACAGCAGUAUCCUUGGACAGGACUUCUGCUUUGAGGUAACCUACUCCAGCGGCAGUAAAUGCUUCAGCUGUUCCUCUGCUGCAGAGAGGGAUAAGUGGAUGGAAAACCUACGCAGAACCGUGCAGCCAAAUAAGGACAACUGCCGCCGAGCUGAAAAUGUGCUCCGUCUCUGGAUCAUUGAGGCAAAGGACCUGGCCCCCAAGAAGAAAUACUUCUGUGAGCUGUGCCUUGAUGACACUCUCUUUGCCCGCACCACCAGCAAAACGAAAGCAGAUAACAUUUUCUGGGGAGAGCACUUUGAGUUCUACGGUCUCCCAGCUCUUCACAGCAUCACGGUUCACAUCUACAAGGAUGUGGAGAAGAAAAAGAAAAAGGACAAAAACAAUUACGUCGGCUUGGUCAACAUUCCCAUGGCCACUGUAACGGGUCGCCAGUUUGUGGAAAAAUGGUACCCAGUCAGCACACCUACACCCAACAAAGGGAAAUCAGGAGGACCUUCCAUUCGCAUCAAGUCGCGUUAUCAGACCAUCACCAUCUUACCCAUGGAGCAAUACAAGGAGUUUGCAGAGUUUGUUACCAGCAACUACACGAUGCUGUGCUCCGUGCUGGAGCCAGUCAUCAGUGUAAGGAAUAAGGAAGAGAUGGCUUGUGCAAUGGUGCAUAUUCUUCAGAGCACGGGGAGAGCUAAGGACUUCUUAACGGAUCUGGUGAUGUCUGAGGUAGAUCGCUGUGGGGAGCACGACGUCUUGAUCUUCAGGGAGAACACGCUUGCUACCAAAGCUAUUGAGGAAUACCUGAAGUUGGUAGGGCAGAAGUAUCUCCACGAUGCGUUAGGGGAGUUUAUCAAGGCUUUGUAUGAGUCAGAUGAAAACUGUGAAGUGGAUCCCAGCAAAUGUUCAUCCAGUGAAUUAACAGACCAUCAGAGCAACCUGAAAAUGUGUUGUGAGCUGGCCUUCUGCAAGAUUAUCAAUUCCUACUGCGUGUUCCCUCGUGAGCUGAAGGAGGUGUUUGCAUCUUGGAAGCAGCAGUGCCUGAGCAGGGGCAAGCAGGACAUCAGCGAGCGGCUGAUCAGUGCCUCCCUGUUCCUCCGCUUCCUGUGCCCCGCCAUCAUGUCCCCCAGCCUCUUCAGCCUCAUGCAGGAGUAUCCCGACGACCGGACAUCGCGAACGCUCACACUUAUUGCUAAAGUCAUUCAGAAUCUCGCCAAUUUUGCUAAGUUCGGUAACAAGGAAGAGUACAUGGCUUUCAUGAACGACUUUCUGGAACAUGAGUGGGGGGGAAUGAAGCGAUUUCUCCUGGAGAUCUCUAAUCCAGAUACCAUCUCAAACAUGCCUGGAUUUGAGGGCUAUAUCGACCUGGGCAGAGAGCUCUCAGUUUUGCAUUCCCUCUUAUGGGAGGUUGUGUCCCAACUUGAUAAGGGUGAAAAUUCCUUCCUACAGGCGACCGUGGCAAAACUGGGACCUCUUCCUCGUAUUCUUGCUGACAUCACCAAAUCAAUGACCAACCCUACGCCAAUACAGCAGCAGCUGAGGCGUUUCACUGAGCACAGCUCUAGUCCAAACGUCAGUGGCAGUCUCUCCUCAGGGCUUCAGAAGAUAUUCGAGGACCCCACUGAUGGUGACUUACAUAAACUGAAGUCUCCAACCCAGGAAAACAUAGAUGGAUAUUUCAGGGGCAAGACCUUGCUGUUGGUUCAGCAGGCGUCCACCCAGAGCAUGACUUACUCGGAUAAGGAUGAAAGAGAGAGCAUCUUGCCCAACGGACGUAGCAUCUCCCUCAUGGACCUGCAGGAUCCCCACACCGCUCACAGCGACCACGCUUCCAUGAUGCACGACGUGCCUUUGCGCUUGGCAGGCAGCCAGCUCUCCAUCACCCAAGUGGCAAACAUCAAGCAGCUGUGGGAGACUCAGAGCACGCCCCAAAGCGCUCCCCAGGUGAGGAGGCCGCUGCACCCAGCUUUGAACCAGCAGGGCAGCCUCCAGCCUCUGUCAUUCCAGAACCCGGUGUACCACCUCAACAACCCACCCGCGCCCAUGCCCAAGGCCUCCGUGGACUCCAGCUUGGAGAACCUGAGCACCGCCAGCUCCCGGAGCCGAAGCAACAGUGAAGACUUCAAGCUCAGCGGGCCCAGCAACAGCAGCAUGGAGGACUUCACCAAGCGCAGCACGCAGAGCGAGGACUUCUCUAGGCGGCACACGGUCCCAGAUAAGCACGUCCCCAUCGCCUUGCCCCGCCAGAACAGCAGCAGCCAGGCGCAGAUCCGCAAAAUGGACCAGGCUGGCUUAGGGGCCAGGGCCAAAGCGCCGCAGUCGCUGCCGCACAGCGCGUCCCUGCGCAGCACGGGCAGCAUGUCGGCCGUGUCGGGGGCUGUGGUGACUGAGCCCGUCCAGAACGGCAGCCGCUCCCGGCAGCAGUCCUCAUCCUCUAGGGAGAGCCCUGUCCCGAAGGUGAGGGCCAUUCAGAGGCAGCAAACACAGCAGGUCCAGUCGCCUGUGGACUCGGCCACAAUGUCACCAGUGGAAAGGACAGCAGCGUGGGUCCUCAAUAACGGGCAGUACGAGGAAGUGGAGGAAGACACGGAGCAGAACCCAGAUGAAGCCAAGCAUGCCGAGAAGUAUGAACAAGAGAUAGCAAAGCUGAAGGAACGCUUGAAAGUGUCGAGCCGCCGGCUGGAGGAGUACGAGCGGCGGCUCCUGGUGCAGGAGCAGCAAAUGCAGAAGCUGCUGAUGGAGUACAAGUCCAGGCUGGAGGACAGCGAGGAGAGACUGCGCAGGCAACAGGAGGAGAAGGACAGCCAGAUGAAAAGCAUUAUCAGCAGGCUCAUGGCAGUUGAAGAGGAACUGAAGAAAGAUCAUGCAGAGAUGCAAGCUGUCAUCGAUGCAAAGCAGAAAAUUAUUGAUGCACAGGUCAUUAAUGGGAAUGAGAUAAUUCAAACAGGAGAAGCGGAUCGUGUCCCUGGACUCUGCCAACACGCGGCUGAUGAGUGCCCUGACGCAGGUGAAGGAGCGCUACAGCAUGCAAGUCCGCAAUGGCAUCUCCCCCACCAACCCCACCAAGCUUUCCAUCACGGAGAAUGGUGAAUUCAAAAACAGCAGCUGCUAACUGGGCACACGCUGCCGGCCAUCUUCCCAGGAGAAGGGCACGAGGGAGCGGACUCGAGAAACUCCACCGACGGCCCCUCUUCCCCGCCAGGUUUACAUGUUGCUGCUAAUAAAAAGAAAAUAAGAACGAACUCUGAACGGUGGGCUUUAAUUCCCCACUCGAGGCCAGGAGAAUCAGGCUCCCGAGAACAAGUCCUUCCAUAUCACUGUGUAAAUAGGGGGAGCUCUGGGUCAUGUACAGAAAACGCCAAUGUAAAAUACCAAAAGGAAGUGAAUACUGUAGAUUUUUUUUAAUUAUUGCUAUUUUUAUUAUUUUUUUUUUCCCUCUUGUUGAAAGCACUGCAGUCCUUGGAGAAGGAAGAGGGGAGUGUGAGUGCAUGUGUGUUGUGGGUGAGAGAGCUGAGCUGUGGGUUACAUUAGAUAGCAGCUGUAUAUAUCAGGCUGACUGAUGCAAGUGCAUGAAUGGAGUGAAAUAGCAGUGAAAUGAAUUCUGUAACAAAACUCAUCCUCUGAUUUUAUCCCUCUCUUCUCUAGUUGUCCUUCAUCCGAAUGCCAACUCAAUAGCAAAUGUUUUAGCAAGAAAAUUGGCUCUUGCUGGCUACUGUACCUGCUUUUGGUGGGGUUCCAGCAAAAACCAAAAUUCUGAACAAGGUAAAAUCUAGGGGCAGUGAUGUUGUCUCCUUGCAUUUGUACAGUCAAGCUUCCCAGCAAACAGACAGAGGGAAUCUGCAGUUUUCAAGGUAGGAUUCUUUUUACCCUCGUUGUAAUGCAAUUUGUAUUUUCUGUUUUGGGAAUUCACAGACCUGUAAAUACUUUUUUUUUUUUUUUUUUUUUUUUUAAUUU